AUGAUAGCGAGAAAGCUUAUACUUGCGGCAUUGUCCGGUUUUGUCGGACUAGUUCAGGCACUGCCCAAACCGGAUGACUCAUUGAGUACAAGGCAGUCGACUAACAGGCUUGUGUUUGCUCAUUUCAUGAUUGGAAUCACCAGUGAUCGCCAUAGUGCAUCCGAUUUCGAUGCAGACAUGAAGCGCGCUAAGUCAUAUGGAAUCGAUGCCUUUGCUCUCAAUAUUGGCGUAGAUCCAUAUACCGAUCAGGAAUUAGGAUAUGCAUACGACUCUGCAGCCAAUAAUGGAAUGAAGGUUUUUAUUUCUUUUGAUUUUAACUGGUGGAGUACGAGCCAGGCGACUGCAAUCGGACAAAAGAUUGCCCAAUACGGGAGCAAACCGGCCCAACUCAUGGUCGAUAACAAGGUAUUCGUAUCAUCCUUUGCUGGUGAUGGUCUUGAUGUCGCCGCCAUGCGCUCAGCCGCAGGUAUGAAUUUGUUUUUUGCGCCUAACUUUCACCCGUCAUAUGGUACGGAUAUUUCACCAGUUGACGGUCUAUUGAAUUGGAUGGCAUGGCCAAAUAACGGAAACAAUAAAGCACCAACAGCUGGCGCAAAUGUCACCGUUGCAGCAGGUGAUGAGCAAUAUGUCAAUGCUCUUGGUAGCAAAGCCUACAUUGCUCCUGCUUCGCCUUGGUUUUCAACUCAUUUCGGUCCCGAGGUCUCGUACAGUAAGAACUGGGUGUUUCCAUCCGACUUGCUUUGGUAUGAGCGUUGGCAGGAUUUGUUGACUCUUGGUCCUCGUUUCAUUGAGAUCGUUACCUGGAAUGACUAUGGCGAGUCUCACUUUGUCGGACCUUUGAAUUCCCCCCAUACCGAUGACGGUGCCUCAAAAUGGGUCAAUGAUAUGCCCCAUGACGGAUGGCUUGAUAUGGCCAAGCCCUUCAUUGCCGCAUUCAAAGCUGGCGCUACUAGUGUUGAUAGCUACAUCACUAGUGAUGAGCUCAUUUACUGGUAUAGGCCCACCCCUCGAAGCGUUGACUGUGACGCUACCGAUACUUGUAUGGUUUCGGCUCCCAAUGCCUCUGGAAAUUACUUUAUUGGGCGUCCAAAUGGAUGGGAGACAAUGCAAGAUUCUGUUUUCGUUGUCUCGCUGCUCACUUCGGCCGCUACUAUUACGGUUAACUCAGGCGGUAAUGAGCAGAGUUUUAAUGCACCUGCUGGCGCUAGCUCUUACCAGGUUCCUAUGGGUGUUGGUUCCCAGACCUUCACCGUCACGAGAGGCGGACAAACCGUUUUUACAGGCACCAGUCUCAAGCAAAUCAUCAAUGGAUGCGUCUGUGGGUUGUAUAACUUCAACGCUUACGUUGGAAGUCUUCCAGCUGGCUUUAGUGAUCCUCUGCAACCAGACGGCCUAGCAUCGCUUGUACAGGGAUUGCACGUCAGUACUUGCUCUGCCACGCCGUCUCUGGGGACAGCUCCUCCUGGGACUGCAACAGUAACGUCAACUAUUGCCACCACCACUGGGACUACAACCUCUGCCCCAAUUACUACCACCACGACGUCAGUCCCGAUAACUACCAGUACUUCGAAGACCACCAAAACCACGACCAGCACAGCAACAUCGACCCAGCCUAGCGGGACUGUAUGUGUCGCUGGCACUGGUCCAGGAAACUAUGUUGGUCUUUGUAGCUUCUGCUGUAAUUAUGGCUACUGUCCACCAGGGCCAUGCACUUGCACUCAAUAUGGUGCACCUGUCCCAACCCCCCCAACAAAUGGAAGAAACGGCCGUCCAUUAUCAAAUGAAGAUAACUCUUAUCUAGGUCUAUGUAGUUUUGCUUGCAACCACGGCUACUGCCCAAGUACAGCGUGCCAAUAUGUUUAG